AUGAAGCAACAAGUAGCGCUUGUAGCGGUGACAACGACGGCCGCCACAGUUGUGGCGGUGGUAGCUCUUGUGAAACAAUAUUGGAAGGUUCAACAGGAUCAACAGUGGGGCAAAUGUCAACGGAUCAUGCGUAAAUUUGCGAGGGAAUGUGCCACUCCGGUCCCCAAGUUAUGGCAAGUGGCUAACGCCAUGGCUUCGGACAUGGCAGCCUCUCUUUCCUCGUCAGACGAAGCGAAAACUAGCCUCAACAUGGUUGUUUCCUAUGUCUCUCCUCUCCUCACCGGGAUUGAUGAGAAGGGAAUGUAUUAUGGUUUGAACAUGAAACAAACAACGUUUUCGAUAGUCUGUGGGAGACUGUUAGGCAAAAACGAGCCCAUUAUUGACUUACAUGUGGAGGAUGUUUCUAUUCCUCCCAAUGUCAUGAUUGGCACUUCAGAGGAAUUAUACGACUUCAUAGCAUUGGAGAUAGCGAAAUUCGUCUCGGCACACCCCGAAAACCAUGAUGAAACGCCAGGGUCACCGGAAAGCGAUAAGAAACUCGGGUUUACAUUGUCGUGUGCAGAGGAUAAAUCUACAGCCAUAUCCGGUUCCGUCAUUACAUUGAAGAAGUUCUCUGCAGAUGCCACAGGGGAAAAUGAAAUGGUCACUGGACUCAAUCAAGCUCUGGAAAAACAUGGUUUGAAUUUUCGAGUUCAUGCGUUAGUUGACGACAUCGUCGGAAAUUUAGCUGGUGGUAGAUACUACGACAAAGACUGUGUGGCUGCAAUCACCUUAGGCAAGGGCUCCAAUGCUGCUUAUGUUGAUGCCGCGCAAUUGGCUCCACGAUGGCACAACUCAUUGCCAAAGAAAGGCGAGAUAGUUAUUAGCAUGGAAUGGGGAAACUUCAAUUCAUGCCAUCUUCCAAUAACUCAGUAUGAUUCUUCAUUAGAUGCCGCCAGUUCGAAUCCCGGCAAUCGGAUUUUCGAAAAGCUGAUUUCCGGCGUGUAUUUAGGAGAAAUUGUAAGAAGAGUUUUACUUUGGAUGGCACAAGACGCAGCUCUCUUUGGUCAAAGUGUACCUCCAAAACUUCUAAUUCCAUACUUGUUAAGGUCACCUGAUAUGGCUGCAAUGCAUCAAGACACAUCAGAAGAUCGUGAAGUUGUGCAUGAAAAACUCAUGGAAGUAUUUGGGAUCACGAAUUUGACACCGAUGGCAACAGAAAUCGUUGCGGAGGUAUGCGAUAUCGUAACUGAACGGGGGGCGCGUUUGGCAGCAGCAGGCGCAGUGGCGAUCGUAAAGAAGCUUGGGAGAAUAGACAACAGGAGAAGUUUGAUUAUAAUGGAAGGUGGGCUUUACGACCAUUAUAGGAUCUUCAGGAAUUAUCUCCAUAGCGGAGUUUGGGAAAUGCUCGGCAACGAACUUUCUGACAACAUAGUCAUCGAACAUUCACGAAGGGUCUCCGGCGCCGGACCUCUCUUUCUUGCCGCUUCUCCCGAUCUCGACUCCUGA